UUUUGCGAUCGAUCGAUUCAUGUGUGCAUUUUUGCAUGGAAUUUAGUCAUUAAAGUGAAAAAUCUAGAUGCCAUUUUGUGCUUAAGAACUGUGGAAACUGUGCAUGCAUGUGUAAAUGGAUAGCUUUACCAUGUUUACGUUUAAGUGUUACCAAUAUCUCAUCUUACUAGUACGUGUCAGAGGCGCAAUUUUUGUGGCCACUACGUUGUGAUGACUGUAGGUCACUAAAACAUCGCCAUAAUGUCAUGGGAAAUAGGACAAAUCCAAGAGUUCAUAUGUUAGAAGAGAAAAUUGUCGACAAUCUACGAUAAGAAGUUGGAUUAAAAUUUUGUCUCGUUGUACAAAUAAUCUCUUAGAUCUAUUUAUUUGUCAUAUAUCACCUAUAAGUAAGUGUAAAAUUUUACAGAUAAGUUAACAGUACAAUAAAUACGGACGCCAGCUUGUGUAGUAAUAGGCACAACAAUCUAUAUUAUAAAGCUUCUAUAUCGCAGUUAAAUCAAUUUUAAGUUCGAGCACAGGAUGCCUUAAGAUUCGAGGACACAAUACCUCAUUUUCGCAUGUCGUAAUGAGUUGGAUUUAAGUCCAUUGUUUCGUGAGUGGACUUAUUACUCAGUAUGACAGUUAUUUUUAUGAAUAUUCAAGUGACAUGAUGAUGGGAUCAGGAUAUUAUAGUUUGUAUGAUGUAGUAUAUAAUAUCCGCCAAUGUACAUGCGAGAUCAUUGAGUGACUGCACAUGAUACAAGGGUAGAAAAAUUUGCUCCAAAAGGAAUAAUCAAUACAUGAAGAAUGAAUGAAUAGUGAUAUUUCAAUUACGCACUGAUCUAAUUCAGCAUGGCUUCGCAACAGCCUCUCACACAGAAAAGUUCUAAUGUGAAAGGGGACAGUUUAGUGAUUGAUGACAAGCUCUCAGCUUCCCACAAAGCUGUGAUAAAAAAUUCAUGUAUGAAUUCAGACUCGUUCUCGCAAUUUUACACUCCUCCAGUGUUAAAAAGUUCAUGGUGGAGAAAUAAAACAAAAACUUUGAUCUUGGCAGCCUUAAAAAUAUUAGUUCCUAUUGCGUACAUCUGUUAUAUGGUUUACGCAGUGUGGUAUAGCUCUGAGCGAGCUGGGUUGCUUGCAUGGGAUAUUUUCCUCCUAAUUGUAUGGAUUUUCAUAUUUACGAAAAGACCAAGACGUCUAGUUAUUCAAGGAAAAACAGUACUCAUCAUCAAAAUCCGGUUAUUGUUAUCAAAAGGUACCUAUGUUAGAGCAAUUAUUACAACAGUCACUCUUCUUGUGAUAUUUGGAUUUCUAUGUUACGACUGGUAUCAAGAUAAACGAAAACUGGUACCUUUUGGCGGGCUACUAUUUUUCAUUCUUAUUGUGUUCAUUACGUCACGAUCUCCGUCAAAGGUACAAUGGACACCCGUUAUAUGGGGUAUAAUUCUUCAGUUUGUUUUGGGUAUGAUCAUCUUACGGUGGCCUACAGGGUAUGCAGUAUUUCAGUUUAUAGGGGAUCAAGUGACAGCCUUCCUUGCCUACACAGACAAUGGGUCCAGAUUUGUUUUUGGCGAUGAAGGAUUGAAAGACCACCCUGUAGUGUUUAAAGUUUUGCCUGUAGUUGUCUUUUUCAGCGCAAUUGUCAACAUCCUGUACUAUCUCGGUGCCAUGCAAGUAAUAAUUAAAGGUAUAGCACGUGUGCUCAGAUUUGCCAUGAAAACGACACCGAUGGAAUCGUUUGCCACAUCCGCUCAUAUAUUUGUUGGACAGGUGGAAUCGAGUAUAGCACUGAAACCGUUUAUCAAUGAUGUGUCAAGGUCAGAGUUAAACGCUAUCAUGACUGGUGGCUUUGCUACAGUUGCUGGAACAGUUAUAGGAGCUUAUAUAGAAUUUGGGGUUCCUGCCAAUCACUUAAUAGCAGCAUCGUUUAUGUCAGCUCCGGCGGCAUUAGCGGUUUCUAAACUUGGAUGGCCAGAGAAAAAGAAGGUAGAUGGAUUUAGUAUGGACAAUAUAAACAUUAACGUAGGAAAAGAAUCAAAUCUAAUGGAAGCAGCAUCUGCAGGAGCGACAUCAACCGUCAAACUUAUAGCUUAUGUAGUUGUUAACCUGAUAGCAUUCCUUGCCAUUCUAUCGUUUGUUGACGCCAUUAUUUCAUUUUAUGGUGAUAGAGUUGGUCACCCGGAAGUCAAUUUUGAGUGGCUCUGUUCAUACAUUUUCAUGCCAUUAGCUGUCAUUAUGGGAAUACCAUGGACAGAUUGCCGAGUUGUAGCCACUUUGAUUGGAAAGAAAAUUGUACUCAAUGAAUUUUUAGCGUAUAUUGACCUAGGAAAUCUAAUGAAAGAAAACAAAAUUGAGGGUCGCUCUGCAGUUAUCUCAACAUACAUAUUAUGUGGGUUUGGAAGUAUAGCAGCUAUGGGGAUAAAUCUGGGAGCAUUGAUUGCAGCUGAACCCAGAAGACGAAGAGAUUACGCUAGAGGAGUGUUCAGAGCAUUUGUUUGUGGAAAUAUUGCAUGCUUCAUGACUGCUUGCAUUGCAGGCAUGCUUUACACAGAGCCUCUUCCGGUCUUCAGUAAUUCUACAGAUUUCAACACCACAUCGAAUUCAUCGUUAUUCAAUUUGACGUCAUUAAAUUCCUCAUUAUUUAUAACAAAUCAGACGAAUACCCCUGGAGGUUCAGGUUAAGGGGUUCACAUUUUUUUUAACAUUAUUAACAUUUUAUACAACUUUAUUAUAGAUUUAUUGUUGAUACAUGUGCUAUGCUCAUCAUUGGCCACUUAAUCUCGCAAGUGAAUUCUAUACAACAGCAACAAGUCUUGCUAGAUGUUAUAUAUAAAAUUUCGGAUAUGUGGUGUUAUAUCCAAUGCACAACUAUAACAAAACCGUAGAAUGUGGACAAACCCAAAUCACCGUACAUUCUUAAACAAUGAGCAAAAAGGUAUUUACUUUUACUAAAAUCGCUAGCCAAGGGUUACAAUCAGAUCCUCCCCUCUUCACCCUUGGCGGAUUUAGACAGCAUUUGUGUAAACAGCGUUGUGUCAUCUAGCGAAAAAUAGAAGUCACGACCACUCUGAUUACACCAUACUUGACCAAUUUCAGCACUUGACUGAUUUUUAAUUCGGAGGUGUAAAAAUUGCUGGUCGAGUGUUUACAAAUUUCAUUGAAGCAGAAAUCGCUAUUAUACGUUGACAUUCCAGCUGUUGCAUGAGGAACUUAAUAUACAAAGAACUUCAAUUAGUUGAUUAAAACUUUAAAAAUAACACUGAA